CAGGUCUACCCUCUGUGUACCAGAUGACCACCACUGUUUGAAUACGAGAAAUCUACCUGGUGGUAAACGCCUGCAGCAAGCAUGCGAAUGAGAUCUCUAUGCUUUGCUCUUUGCUGUCAGGUCCUAUGUGUGAGCGGCGAUUCAGGCGAUGGAAGCCGCACUUGGGCUAGAUUUUUAAAACUUCCUUAUCCAGAAGACGAAGCGUUUCUUUAUGAUAUGUUCCCGGAUGAUUUUAUGUGGUCCGUCGGGACAGCCGCCUACCAGACCGAAGGGGCUUUUCAGAAGGACGGGAAAGGGCUGUCUAUAUGGGACACUUUCACAAGCGCAGGAAAUCGGGGGACAGGCGAGGUGGCCAGUGACAGCUACCACAAUGUGCACAGGGACAUUCAUUUGAUCCAAAAAUUAAAGGUAACACAUUAUAGAUUCUCAAUCUCUUGGCCCAGAAUCUUUCCGAAUGGAACAGUCGGCCCCUAUAACGAAGCAGGGGCGAGUUACUACAUAAACCUGAUUAACAGGUUGAAGAGAAUUGGAGUGGAGCCUGUUGUUACGCUUUACCACUGGGACCUGCCAGACACACUGCAGCGGCUUUAUGGUGGAUGGAGCAAUCCUAUUUUAGUGGACCUUUUUAAGGACUAUGCAGAGUUUUGCUUUAGGACUUUUGGAGACAAUGUGAAAUUUUGGAUCACUAUUGACAAUCCGUUUGUUGUUGCCUGGCAUGGCUAUGGUACUGGAAUGGUUGCUCCAGGCAUCAAAGGUGACCCGGGAUUGCCAUUCCAAGCUGGUCAUACUCUUAUUAAGGCCCAUGCAGCAGUUUGGCGUCUCUAUGAUAACACGUUUCGACAAAAACAGGGUGGUAAGGUGUCCAUUGCUCUCGGCUCUCACUGGAUAAGUCCUCGCAACAAGAGCAAAGAGAAUAUUAAGGCCUGCCAGUGCUCCCUUGACUUUGAGAGGAACAACUCACAAAGUUAUUUCAGUUUUUUCUAUUGCGCAAUGCUGACUCGUUUUGUUGUGUUUCAGGUAGAAACCAUACCUUCACAGUUUAACGACCCUAAUGUUUAUGUUUGGGAUAAGUCCGGGAACAAGAAACCAGAAAAAUUAGAGGGGGCGGUGGUCCCCUUGCGCAAAACCCGCUGUGGUGACUACGCCUCCAUCAGAUACCAAGUUUCACGUCUGCACAGAAUGCACAUCACCCAUUUCCAGUUCUCCCUGAACUGGCCCUCUCUCGUUCCAACAGGGAACGCCUCUCAUGUGAAAACUACCCUCCUGCUGUAUUACAAGUGCUUCGUUAGUGAACUCCAGAGGGCUAACGUGACUCCCGUGGUUACCCUGUGGCACCAUACUGCACAGCAGUCCGGGUUGCCAGCUCCUCUGGUUAAAAAUAAAGGAUGGCAGAACAUGGAGACUGUGCAAGCUUUUGUGGCCUAUGCCAGGCUCUGUUUCAGAGAACUGGGUGACCAUGUCAAAUACUGGAUCACCCUCAACGAGCCGAACAUUAGAGAUGAGCAAAAGACCUUCUUGGAAGGCCACAACCUCUUGAAAGCUCACGCACUGGCAUGGCACGUCUAUGACGAGGAGUUCCGGCGAGCACAGAAAGGGCAGGUGUCUAUCACCCUUCAUGCAGACUGGGUGGAGCCGGCUUACCCCUUCUCCAGGAACGACGUUGAGCCGGCCAAUAGGGUUCUGGAAUUCCGCAUUGGCUGGUUUGCCGAGCCUAUUUUCGGCAACGGAGACUACCCACAGUUGAUGAGGGAGUGGCUGCAGCAGCGAAACAACUUGGACUUGUAUGACUAUCACCUUCCCCACUUCACCGAAGAGGAGAGGAAGCUUGUGCAGGGCACUUACGACUUCUUUGCUCUGAGUCACUAUACCACCUCUCUGGUCUUUGAAGAAGUGGAGGAGAAAACCCAGUACAACACUUACCUGGAGGUGCACUUCAUACCUGACACCACCUGGCUAAAAUCCCCCAAGAGAGGUGCAGUGGUGCCUUGGGGGCUGCGGAAGGUGCUGAACUGGGUGAAAUCCAGAUAUGGAGACGUGCCCAUCUACAUCAUGUCCAACGGUGUGGAUGAUGAUCAGACUGAGAUGGAUGAUAAACUCCGACUUUACUACAUGGAGAAUUACAUCAACGAGGCACUGAAGGCUUCUGUCCUUGAUGGUGUCAACCUCCGUGGGUACUUUGCAUAUGCCUUCGAUGAUCAAAGUGAUCCUGGCUUUGGUCUCUAUGGCUACAUCCACGAUGAAUUCUAUAUAAAACUAUCCCUCGGUCAUUACAGGAAAAUUAUUGACAAAAAUGGCUUUCCCAGCCCUACUGCUCCAAAACAGGACUGUACACCGGAACCAUAUAGCUGUCCUGGAUGCUCUGUUUUCUUCACAAAAAAAUCCAUGAUAACUUUUCUAUGUUUUAUUGGUAUUUGUUUUGUUAUCACUGUAGGGUUAGUUAUUUAUUAUUCAAAAAGGCCUGGUAAGAGAUAUCAGUAUUAAAUAGUACAAGUUGAUGUAGACAUUCCUUUUGGAACUAAAUGUAUUUAAUGCAUAAUCACCUAAUCACUACAGCACACAGAGACAUUUGCACUACCUUGUACUGUAAAUCAGUAAUUACAGUGUGUUUCACAUCAGCUGCCUAUUGAGUUCAAUAGGAACUACAUUACUGUAUAUACUGGCUGGGAGAAAGAAAACUGUGUUCCAUAAGUGUUGUCAAUCCAAUGCUAGGAACUUGUCCUAAAUUAGAUUUCUCAAAUGAAGUGAUUGGUUGUGUGUUAAUAGCUAAUUUAAUUUGUAUUUAAAAAUAAGAAAUAUUUUAAAACUAUAUUUUUGUGCCAAAUAGCUGUUGUUUUUUAAUGUAUAAUUUUACUUGUGCAUAUUGGUGUUGUUUUUUGUGAUAUCCCUGGUAUAUGCCAAGAGUAAAUAUAAAGCUCUCUCCCACAACGUGAGACAGCAGUCAUUUUAGUAAUCCAGUCUAGUAGAUAUAAACGCCUGUCAACCUAGUGCCUACUCUCAGAUCUCUUGCAACAGUGAGGUACAGCUUUUGUAUUUUACAGAAUACUGCACCAAAAAGAAUAAGGAUUAUAUAGUUACACAAAGUGUGUGCUGCAUAUCACAGCUGUUUUUUUUUUCCACCCAGUCCAUGGGUAUCAUCAGUAUACAUUCUGAGUUUCCCAUUCAGAACAAAAGUGGCAGUUCACCCAUCACCUGGGGGAAAGGCACCACCAAUAUAAGCGAAGGCCAGGUAUAGAAGAGUGGAAUGCAAAUUCAUGUUGCGAUGGGCUGGCUAGACAGGUUUUGCGCCAGAAGUUAGCACAGACAAUCAGGACAAGGAUUUCUGGUACACAGAGCACAUUUACUUGGGUAGACCAAUGCCUCAGACCAUGCACCGUUUAGUUCCCUGGUUCCUUUCUCAACAUACAAAGCCAAAUUUUAUUUUAUUUAACCCAUUUUACUGUGGAACUCCUCAAGGCAAAUCUGCACAGUCACUGCCCAGCUCGCUCUGAAAUCGGGAAAUACUCAACAGUGCACCUCCCAAUAGGUGGUGCCAAAGAGCCAGCAGUAAAAAGGCAUAUAUAGAUCAUUUAGACCAGGGGUGUCAGACUCAGUUCCCGGAGGGCCGCAGUGUCUUCUGGCUUUCCUUCCACCCGAGCUCUCAAUUACUUCAUUGGUCUAAUUAUGUGAUUAACUGAGACCAAUUGAAAGUAAUUUUUUUAAAUCAUCAACUGUAAAAGUCGAAUUGAACAAAUAAUGUCCGAUUGAACAAAUAAUUGUAUCAAUUAAGUUAAUUGAGAGCUUCAGUGGAAUGAAAACCAGCAGACCCUGCAGCCCUUGAGGACUGGAGUUUGACACCCCAGCUUUAGAUAGUGGUCAUGACAGCCAACUGAGUUGAAUCUCAUACUAUUUUUCAAGUCAGUUGAUACUAAUGAGUAUUUUGUAAUGCAUACGGUAGAUAUUUACCAAGAGACAAGUUUAGAAUAUAUACAUCUUGUAUUACAAAUAAAUUAAAUACUGUAUUAUUUGCUUUGUUUCUACUUUUGUGUUGGCGUAGUGGCGCAUUUCCUGUACUCUGUUCUAUUCAAAACUAAUUUUAAAUAAAAAACAGAAAAGUAA